GUCCAACGCCGGCGCAGUGUGUGUGUUGGUACAAAACGUCAAGUGUGUCUACCCCGCUGGUCUAUAUAUCUCUCUCUCUCGGAUAUUUUGGCUCCUCCUCCUUUCUGCGCCGAUCCUCUCGGCGCGACUCGCGUUCAUUCUUCACAGACUCACACCAUCCCUCACUCCAUCUCUGCCUCUUUUUUCUCUCCCCUUACCCGGUCUCAAACUUUUGGCUACACCAAGAGGAGAGCAGCCCAGUCAAAGUCCAGCCAGCAACUCCCGCGCUGCUGCCGCCGCUGCUGCUGCUGUCGUCUCGGAAAUACUCCGAUCAGCAUAUCUCCCCUCACCCCACCCAACCGCCACUUGCAUUUGAAAAGAAAUCCUCCCCGACUCCUUCCAAAGUCGGAACCCUCUCACCCACCCACCUUUUUCACCCCCCACUCCCUCUUUCCACCUCUUUUUCUCUAACCACCCGUACCAUCUCUUUGCCACCUACUCCCGGCGUCGUCGUCGUUCGUUCCUUGUAUAACUGGUGGAGAGUGUGUGCGUGUGCGUGUGUGUGAGUGUGUGCGCGCCAGUGUGUGUGUGUGUGUUUCUUUUUUCCAGCCCCUCAACACCUUCGGCCAUCGCUCAGGAGCAACACUCUCGACAUUCCCUCAGCCGCCACCGACCAGGAGACAAGUCCUGAGCCGAGUUGUUGUUGUUGUGGUGGUGGUGUCUCUGUGUGUCUGUGCGUGCGUGUGUGUCAUGUACCGAUCCUUAUUCUCUCGUCCGGCAAUGUGUCGGCCAGUGUCUCAGUGUCUCAAAUGACGGAAACCUUUGCCCAGUGAAACGGUUUUGAAUGGGAAAUCUGGGAUCGAGGAGCCGCCAGGAGCCAUUUUCGUCCACCAAGGAAAAGUGCAAAUUGCAAAGUUGUUGUUGCUGUUGUUGACUCGGAUCGGGAGGAAAACGACGACGACGACGGACUCGAUCGGCUCCAUCGAUGCGAGCCAUCAGUUUGAGUGGAAUCAACAACAACAACAACCAGAGGAGCAGGAGCAGGAGCGGCUCGUCGGUUGUUGGGCAGAGGCGGCGGCGACCGCUUUGAACGAGUCGGUCGUCGACGGUGGAUCCUACGGUCCAGCAUGUUGCCCGGGAAGGGCACCGGCCAUCAUGAAGGUCUCGUCAGAGUACUUGUCGAAAAUUCGCGUCCGCUUCAAACCUUGCCGACAACUAAUACGGCCGGCUUCACUAACAACGACAACAACAGCAACAGCAACAACAACAACUCGUCUCCGGCUGAUGACAGCUCUCUUGCUCAUCCUACUCUUGCCUCGCUCCUUGUCAGCUCAAGGCUACGACGUGUUUAUCGACUUGGAAGAGGAAGGUACGUCGCUGGACGACACCAAGAUCUCCGUCUCCACCACUAACGACGGACUAAAAUGCGAUCGGACGUUUGUGAGCACGAACGAAGGGUCUCGCAACGGGACGUUCGCCUCGCCGCUGUUGGAGAACCAAGAAGGACACGUGCGCCAAUGCCUGUUCACGUUCGUGGCCGCCCCGGGAGAGCGCGUUCAUCUGACUUUCAACAUGUUCAAUCUACGCGGCACGCCCCCAGAUGGAUCCACCGCCGGACACACAGCCAUGUGCAGUCACGAGUACAUCGACCUCUACACGGAGAUUCCCGACUCGGAGCCCGUCGACUUGAUCCACUCGCCGUUUGGCGGACGCUACUGCGGUCAGAUCCCGCCCCGUCGACGCGUGUCGCUCUACCGGACGGCCGUUUUGGGAUUUUUCACCGACAAGAACUCGACCACCACCGACGACCUUCUCUUCCAGGGCACCUAUCUCUUCUUCAAAGACGAUCAAUUUCAAGUGGGGACGCCCGUUCCUCGCACGACUUGCAACUUCACCAUCGACGGCCUAGUGAAACGCCAGGGCGACAUCAUGACGCCCACCUAUCCGGGCGUCUAUCCCAAAGACAUGACCUGUGCCUAUAAAUUCGUCGGGAAGAAAGGCCAGCGCAUCCGACUCGAAUUCAGGGACUUUGACACUUUCUACGGAGGCCCUCAUUGUCCGUUGGACGCCGUCGACGUUUACGACGGGUUGGACGCCAAAGCCCCACUGAUUGGACGCUACUGCGGCCAGCAGCGCAACGUGGUCAUCUUCUCGACCGAGCAUCAUCUCCUUGUCACGUUCACGACGCUCAAACGGACGGCCGACUCGCAGAACCGCGGAUUUCUGGCAAAGUUCGAAUUCAGCGAGACUUUCGUCAAACUCGAUUUCAUUAGCCGCGAGGAUAGCAAACACGACAGAGGCUCCGAGUGCGACCAGACGAUCCUGAGCCGCAAAGGAUCGUCGGCCGUCGUCUACAGUCCCAAUUACCCGUUUCCUUACAGUCCAGGCAUCGUCUGCAAGUACAACGUCUACGGCCUGCAGGACGAGCAGCACUUUGAGCGCAUCCGGCUGGAUUUCGAAAAAUUCGACAUCCCUUCAGCCGAUAACACGUGCGCCGAUGGCUUCCUGAGAAUCUACCUGAAAGGUCAAGACAUUAGCGUGACGUAUCUGUACGAGAAACACGAUCACGAGCUGUGCAGCAACAAUGUCAGCUCGCCGUACUGGUCGGAAGGCCAGCGGCUGUCCAUGAUCUUCUCCAGCGGACAGAGCCAGGGUUCCGGCUUCAAAGCUCGAUUCUUAUUCGCUACAGAAUAUUCGAUCCCCGGGACUCCGUCGCCGCUGGGCGGAUGUAAUUUCACUUACAUGAGCAGCAGCAAGAAACGCGGUGACUUUAACUCGCCUAGACAUCCGGCCCGCUACCCGUCCAACCUGACAUGCACCUACAACUUUAUUCUGGCCGGAUCCAACGAGAAUGUCCGGCUCUACUUUGACCAGUUCAAAGUGCGCGCCAACGACACGACCGUCUUUUACGGCUCCUACUGCCAAGAAGAUUGGGUCGAGAUCUACAAUGUCUUUUACGGCGGCAGAGAGGUCUUACUCGGCCGUUAUUGUGGCGACUCGUUCCCCGGACCCGUCGAAUCUGAUCCCGGAUCCAUCGGACUGAAAGUGAUCCUGCACACGGACGAAGAAGGAGUCUUUAAUGGAUUCAAGGGCAGGUACACAUUCGACGAGAACGACUCGAUCAAUAGAGACUGCGGCAGUAAUCUGAGCGUUCCGGGAGCCGCCAGCGGUGUCUUCACCAGUCCCAAGUACCCGGAGAAGUAUGAUCGUAGCUCGGGCCUGCUCAGCUGCUCGUGGCAGAUCCAUUCAGCUCGGGAUCACCGCAUCCUUCUUCACUUUGAGUCCUUUUCCAUCGAGGGCGAGAUGGAGACUCGUGGAUGUGCGGCGGCUGCCGUCCGCGUUUGGAAGAGACUGGACGAACCGCCGGUGGAAAUUUGUGGAGAGAAUUUGAAGGCCGAGCACGAAACGUUCAUGUCCGAAGGCAACGUCAUGAAAAUCACGUUUACAACGGCGGAUAAAGUGGCGGGCGGUAGAGGCUUCCGGGCCGUGUGGACGGAAGUGAAAACUCCGGCUCUGGUCGGCGGCUACGACUGUGACGAAGGCGGGCAGUACUUUCGCUGCGCCAACAACACCUUUUGCAUAGCCAAACAGCUGGAAUGCGACGGAAAUCCCAAUUGCGGACUCAACGACGGUUCCGACGAAGGCGAGCACUGUGGAGGCGUCCGAUAUCAACCCGCCCUAAACACCCUGCCAGUGUCCUCCUUCUCCAGAAGCCAAUGGGUGUCGCCUCCCCAAACCAAUUCAAGGAAUGAAAUCCCAAUGUGCCGCUAUGGUGGGCGGCGAAGAAUCUUCUCCGGUGCUCCUGAUGUUGACACUGGGCGCCUGUGCUUUGACUCUGCUCAUGACUUUGUGUAUCGUGUGCCAUCGAAGGCAGCGGCGGAGGCCGCCCAGCAUCAACUACGAGCGGCGGCCGUUCGCACCGCCGCCGCCGUUCGACACCAUGUCGUCGCGUCCGUCGAUGUCGCUCCCGUCCGACAUCCCGUCGCCGCCGCCGCCGGCUCAACUCUACACGAGUCUGCCUCCGCUCUCGAUCGACGUCGGCGAUAACGUCUGAUGACGUCGAUCUCCUAAUUAAAUGAAAUGAAACACACACACACAAAUAUUCCGACUGGAAUACAAUCUAUAUAAAUAGACUCAAGAAAAUUUUCAAAAACUUGUGGCAUGGCCAAAAACCUACUAAAAGAAAAACAAAUUUGCUCGAGAUAUUUUGUUUUGUUAAUAACAAAAAAAGAAAAUUAAAAAUUAAAAAAAAAAAAUGUGUCGCUGCCCAUGUGUGCCGCUGGUCGAUCUAUUUGUCAACGCUUCAAGCAAGCCAGUGUGUACACCUCGGUUCUGUAUCUCUCUCUUUCAUCCGCUUCCCUCUCUGACUUUUCUUUCUCUCUCUCUCUCUUUCUCUCAUCUUGAAUUUUUAUUUUCGCUCUGUCUCUUUCUUAUAUAUAAUAGUUACUUCAACAAUUCUUACGACAACAUUUCACAUCUAUUGGAGAAAAAAUGCCCGCGCCCAGCAUCACGUUUGAAUGUGUAUACGUCGGAUUUCAGCUCAUCUCUAAACAAACGUGACGACUAAAGAAAAAUCAGUUUGAAAAAGUGGCGUGCAAUGAAUUAUUGGUGUGAGUGAACCCAAGUGCUGCGCGCGUGAAAAACAUUUCAAAAAGGCCGUUUUGUUUUAAAAUAAACUCGUCGACAAUCGUGUACUACUACUACCGUGUGCAAUAUGUUUUGGGUUUUUGCAAUGACCGUGACGACGAGUUCUCUUUUGUACAUUCUGCACACAAGUGUGAAAGUGCCAAAAAAAUGCCCCGAAAACCUUCCCUCCUCCUGAAAAAUAAAAAGUAAACACAAAAAAAAAAUAAUAAUAAUAAAUAAUUUCCCCCGCUCUCGCGUACGUCACGAUUUGAUGAUAUAUAUGCUCUUAUAUAAUUCAGUUAGGUGAAUGUGUAUGUGACGAUCGAAUAAUCGCCCAUGAUGAUGCUGUAAUUGAAAAUUGUUGUCAAAGUUUGCAAUUAUUUGGAAAUGCGCGUGUGCAGCAAGACGUAUUUGUUGACAGUCGAAAAAAAAACAUUGAUGGGUAGUAUCAACAUUUCUAUAGUGACGAAAGUUAUGGUACAAUCACAAAUAUAAGUUGAAGUUGAA